AUUUUGUUUACAUUGUUUUGCAUAGCAGAUUAUGUCUAUUUCAGCGGGAGUUUACCAUUUCAAUGAAUAAUAAUUUACAUCCUUCUGAAAUCACAAUCUAAAAGUUUUCUAUCCGAUUAUGACGUCACGAUUUGGAGAUAUGGCAGUAAAUUUUGACUUCAGAGGCUAGACGCUAGACUUCCCAGCGUGUCUAUUCUAUAACUGGUCUGAGCUACCAAUCUAUGAGUGUUGAAUGACAAACAAUUUUCUUUCUAUUCAUCUUCUUAUGAUCUAUGGUGUUUUGUAAAAUUUAUUGAAAUAAUUAUUUUUGAGUUUAAAGAUGGCAUCAAUUAGAGAAGUUGUUUCUACUUACGAAAAGCUGAAAUCAGAAUGGAAUAAAUCUAACAGAAACUUGGAUCUUUGCGGUCAACUUCUUGCUAAGCUAAAAGUAGAACUGACCAAUCUGACUUUUUUGCCAACAUCGGACUCCAAAGCAUCUCAACAAGAGCUUCUUCUUGCUAGAGAUAUAUUAGAGAUUGGUGCCCAAUGGAGUAUAGAAAAGAAAGAUAUUCCAUCUUUUGAACGUUAUAUGGCACAACUGAAAUGCUACUACCUCGAUUACAAAGACCAGCUUCCAGAAUCAGCUUUCAAGUAUCACUUACUGGGUUUGAAUCUACUGCUAUUGCUCUCACAGAACAGAGUUGCCGAAUUUCACACAGAACUAGAACUUCUGCCUUCUGAUCAGAUACAAACCAAUCCUUACAUCAGACAUCCUCUUUCACUUGAGCAAUACCUCAUGGAAGGAAGCUACAAUAAGAUUUUCUUAGCUAAAGACAACAUACCGGCAGCAAAUUUCAACUUUUUCAUCGACAUUCUCUUGGAUACCAUCAGGAACGAAAUUGCUGGUUGUUUGGAGAAAGCCUAUAGGAAAAUAUCGAUCAAAGAGGCUUCGCGCAUGCUCAAUCUGCCUGGAGGCCAAGCAGCAAUCAAGAAAUACGGUUCAGAAAAAAACUGGAAGCUUGGUCAGGACAAUUACUACCAAUUCAGCGUGGAGGAAAAGAAGGGUGAAGAAACGCUUCCCUCUGUUGAGUUGGCCGAGCAAGUCAUAGAAUACGCUCGCGAACUUGAAAUGAUUGUGUGAUUUAUCAGAUUAACUUUAUUUAUUUCAUCUCUUCAAAAUUUAUUAAUUGCUUCUAACUCUCAUUUCUCGUGAAACAUUUUAUUAUUCGUGUAUAAACUUUGGUUAUAAAAGUUUGUAAAAAAUGCGAGUU